CAACAGCGCAGAUAAGAAAGCAAUUUACAUGAAGGUUACUUUAUAAUUCAUUAGUACCAAUGAGUCCAGAACAACUGGCUUUUCAAUUUGUCAAUAGACAUACACAAAUUCCAAGCGCUGAGUAUCACAACAGAUAUUAGUAUGCUAUUUUGAAUGAAACAGGUUAUGGGGUUAAAGAAAGAUAAGAGCAUUGAUAUCAUUAUCACUGUGAUAAAUCACACAUCAAAUAAAACAAAGUGUAAUUAGUAUUAUGCCUACCGAAAACCAAGAUGGUACAAGUGAUUAUUAAAGUGAAACACUUUGUUAUUAUACUAGUUUUUCUUGCCGUUCUAGUGUUCGUGUUAGUGAAGCUUCUACACCGUGACCAGAACAAUUAUCUAUCCAACAGGAAGGAACUGAGUUUCCCUGAGGAUGUCAGGCAUGCCGUUAUACUACUGAACGAAGCGAACAGAAAAAUAUCUGAGCUGGAAGAAAAAAUAGUAUCUUUGGAAGUGAGGGUUCCAAAGACAUACCCAACUGUUAAAUUCCUGAACCAUCUCCACAGAAAACGAAUCUUGGUAACAGGAGGAUCGGGUUUCGUAGGCUCCCACCUAGUGGACAAGUUGAUGUUGGGCGGCCACGAAGUUAUUGUGGCUGAUAACUUUUAUACAGGAAGGAAGAGCAACAUCGAGCAGUGGGUAGGCCAUGAGAAUUUUGAGUUCAUCCACCAUGACAUAGUGAACCCGAUUUAUAUCGAGGUCGACGAAAUAUACCACCUUGCCAGCCCUGCAAGCCCCCCACACUAUAUGCACAACCCUGUCAAGACUAUCAAGACCAAUGCGCUGGGUACCAUCAACGUUCUAGGUCUAGCGAAGAGGCUGAACGCAAAGGUGCUCAUCGCCAGUACUUCAGAAGUUUACGGAGACCCCGACAUUCACCCACAACCGGAAACCUACUGGGGGCACGUUAAUCCGAUAGGUCCCAGAUCCUGCUAUGAUGAAGGCAAAAGGAUCGCAGAGUCCCUGACAUAUGCCUACGCCAAGAAAGAAAACUUGCAAGUCCGAGUGGCAAGGAUCUUCAACACAUAUGGUCCUAGAAUGCACAUGAAUGACGGAAGGGUGGUUUCAAACUUCAUCCUCCAGGCCCUUCAGGACGAUCAUAUCACGAUUUAUGGUUCCGGGGAGCAAACCAGAUCCUUCCAGUACAUCUCCGAUUUGGUAGAUGGCCUAGUGGCCCUCAUGAACUCCAACUUCACUGAACCCGUUAACCUGGGGAACCCAGUAGAGCACACCAUCAACGAGUUCGCAACCAUCAUAAGGAACCUGGUGGGUGGGAACAGUAAGAUAACGCAUGUGAGGGAGGUGGAGGACGAUCCUCAGAGGAGACGUCCGGAUAUAUCCCGAGCGAAGAAAGUGUUGAGAUGGGAACCAAAAGUUGGGCUCAACGAAGGACUUCAAAAGACUGUGGAAUACUUCAGGCAAGAGUUGAAGAGGUUUAGGCAUUCACCUAAGAAUAAGUUUGUUAUAGCCGAACAUCUCUGAGAGUGUGUUUUUAAUGUAUGAAUGAUAUUUUGAUUAAUGUUUGUACUCAGUUGUUGUUGUUAUUGAAUAAAAUUGUUUAUUUACUUAA